AUGUCGGCGAUAAAAAUAGCUGCUGCACCUUGGCGGCGGCUAUCUGCAACGGCCCCAGUGCAAAGAGUAACGAACUUCUCGGGAGAUCAGCUUUGGUGGGCCAUUCGUAAACCCGGUCUUGAUCAAAAUAAAAACGCAGGAGGUCGGCGUACAAUUCUUGUCCAGCGAGUCGAUUUCUGGGAAGAAUCAAAAUACGGCCACGGCGGCUCUGCUAAACUCUGGCCUGGACUUUCCGGAGAUCACGACUCGUUCAAAGACGGUCUUGCAGAAGAAGGAACUCCGCUUGACCGAGAGUUGCCUGUUCACGUUCAAGAAAAAGAAAACCAGGAUCAAGUGUUUUCCUCCGUCGACGAUUUCCUUACAUGGACGCGGGAGUACUGGCUGAAUAGACUUAAUAGAGGAUAUACGGGGAAAUCUAUUGCCGGCAUGUAUAUUCCAACUAUCAGUCCAAAAGACGCCCAACGGGAAUUCGGGAGAACUUUUGAUGAUUUCAAAGUAUCAAUUCUUGAAAUUGGCCGGGUUGGCUACAUGGCCCCAAAAGCAGGACGAAUCUACAGUGCCCGAGCAACAGUUGUAGUUGGAAAUGGAAAAGGAAUCUACGGUGUGGCUACUGCCCAGGAGCCACUGGCCACUAGUGCCAUUAUCUCCGCCCGGCGACAAGCCUUCAAAAAUUUACAAUCUAUCCAUUUGCACGAGGGCAGGACGAUAUCAAAUGAAGUCUUCUUCAAUUUCCAUAAAACAUACAUGUCCCUGAGACCGCAGCCGAAAGGCUUCGGUAUCCGCGCGAAUAGAUAUCUCAAGCGAAUUCUGGAUGUUGCUGGUAUUAAGGACAUUCACUGCCAUGUGAAAGGCUCAAGAGCUGUACUUCCCCAAAUCAACUGUCUCUUGCGUGCUCUUCAUGAAGUCGAAAGUCCUUACGAGCAAGCCUCUAGGACUGGCUACAGCGUUGUCAAAAUCGAUCCUCAGAAAUGUGACAAACCCGAAAUCAUUGCUUCGCCAAAUAAAGAUUGGAUAUGA